AUGGCCAUUUCUGCCGGAACCUUACUGGAUUCUGCUGCCCUGCGAUCCUAUCUUGACUCGUUGGUACCCUCUACCACCCGCGCAGAGCUCACCGGCUCCGUACUCCCUGCCUUGGUCCGCGCAAUUGGUGAUGUCUCAGCGCUGCUCAGGCGUGCUCACACAGUGGCGCACGUGGGCACGGCCAAUGCUUUUGGCGACCAGCAGCUGAACGUCGACAUCGCUGCUGAUGACGUUAUUCGCGCUGCGUGCAAGGGUUGUCCUUCCGUUGUGACGGCAAGCAGCGAGGAGACACCCGUCGAGGAGGCCUUACGCCCCGGAGAAGAUAGUGCAGCGCCCGGCUCGAGCGAGCGGUACACGGUAGCAUACGACCCGCUUGACGGCAGCUCCAUUAUCGCCCCAAAUUGGACCGUCGGGGCCAUCGUGGGCGUCUGGGACGGAGACACUGCUCUGGGCCAAAGCCCCCAUCGUUCCAUGGUCGCUGCGAUACUGGGCGUGUUUGGUCCGCGCACAACGGCCAUAGUCGCACUUAGAGUGCCUGGUAUCGGGGAGCCUGCUUGCUUCGAGCUUGGUAUCGAUGCCGAAUCCCUUACGAUGGUGCAGCCAAAUAUUCGCUUUGCCUCGCCACCUUUCAAGACUCGUUACUUUGCCCCAGCCAACCUCAGGGCUGCCGCUGAAUGUGACAAGUACAGCGCACUAGUAUCACACUUCAUCAGCCAGAAGUACACCCUACGGUACAGCGGUGGCCUGGUGCCUGAUGUUGUGCAUGCUCUGGUCAAGGGCCAUGGCGUUUAG